CAAAACGGGCACCAAGCUCCAAUGGUGCGCUCCGAAAGAGAGUUGCCUGCCCCCAAAAGCCCUGAAACCAGGCUUCAAGCUCCCGCUGGUUCACGUUUGGCGUUAGCAACUAGAAAUUCGCACACAAUUUUCCCGUCUCUCAGCAUUCCCAAAAUUCCUCGACCCGCGUCCUCCUCUGGCCUGCCCCCUCUUUUUGGUGCAAGAAAAAUUUGUUCAUCCCAAGAAUCCUCCCUAAUCUCCUCUCCAACUCACUGUCACGCUGAACCUGGCAGUUCUUGAAUCGGAGUAAUAAAAGAAAUCUAAAAGCGAGACGCGGCGGCGGCCAGCGGCAGGAGCAGCGCCUCCUCAAGAUCAUCACGGCUCCGCCGGCAAUAUUGCGAGCGCGCGAUGAGGGGGAAGAGCCUCCCCGUCAUCUCUUUAGAGCAGAAGCGGUGACUGAUCGGCCCCUUCUCUCCACGUGUCGUUUGUUCUCCCGCCGAGAUGAUAGCGGAUUUCUUUUCUCCCCGUACCUUGUAUCUCUUUCCUUGUUCUUCCCUUCUCUUUCCUUCUUAGUGCUCUUUUUUUCCCCAUUUUUCCUUGCAUUGCGUAAUCCUAAUUCGGGCAAAUGCGGCCUGCGAUCUUGCAUUUCUUUAUUAUAUAUACAGCCUCAGUACCCCCGAGAUUUAGUGGUGUACGCGUUCGAGGAGAUAGGUUUCAGUUCGACUGUCGCGGCAGUAGGUUAAAUUAGGGAUCUUUACGGAUUCUAGGGCGGUUUUACCUGUGGUGGCAAAUGCGUCCUUCGAGAGCUAGUGCGAUGGACGAUCUAAUUGGAGUUCUGCUAUGGUGUUUUGAUUGAUUUCUCUUUAAUGGACGUUGAGUCUAGGGACGCCUAUGGGUUUGCCGUGCGGCCUCAACACUUGCAGAGAUACCGGGAAUAUGCAAAAAUCUACAAGGAGGAAGAAGAAGAGCGAUCGGAUCGAUGGAAGAACUUCCUCCAGAGCCUGGCCGAGUCCGCUCCGGUGUUGUCCAACGACUCAUCGGCAGAAGAUAUUGGUGCGGACACGCCAAACGACUCAGGAAAUGACUGUGAUCAGAGCGGACUUGACAAAUGUGAUGGACACGAGGAAGUUGGUGCACAGAAGGAGCCGAUUGAGAAAGGAAAGGCAAAAAUCCAUAGAACCCAUACAUGGAGUCAGAUAAGACCAUCUCUCGCUGCCAUCGAGCAGUUGAUGAGUCAUCGGGUGAAGAAGAGGAGGAGCCUAUCCUGCAGUGAACGGGAAUCUGGGAGAACUGGGAAUUGUCUCGCACCAAUUGAAGAGGUGGCAAGACAUUCUAAAGAAGAAGAGUCUGAGGAAGAGUUCUAUGAUGUGGAGAGAUCGGAUGCGGUCCAGGAGGAGGCGGCUUCAGGUGACGGUGGGAAUGCUGAUUCAGCAGCAAAGCAGGAGCCUUUCUCUCCUUGGAAAGAAGAGCUGGAGUGCCUUGUUCGCGGAGGAGUGCCAAUGGCUCUCAGAGCAGAGCUAUGGCAAGCUUUUGUGGGUGUGACGGCACGGAGGGUGGAGGGGUACUAUAAUGACUUGCUAGCUCCACACACUGACACUACUGAAUCUGAUGCCUCACUUCCAAAUGACGCUCUUAGCAUGCCAAAAAGACCUCGGGGAGGAUGUGUGCCUGAGAAAUGCAAGACACAGAUUGAGAAGGAUUUGCCUCGAACAUUUCCAGGGCAUCCCGCUUUAGAUGACGAUGGGAGAAAUGCACUGAGGCGUUUGCUUACAGCAUAUGCUCGCCAUAAUCCAUCAGUUGGUUACUGCCAGGCUAUGAAUUUCUUUGGGGGCCUGUUACUAUUGUUGAUGCCUGAGGAAAAUGCAUUUUGGACUUUGUUAGGUAUCAUCGAUGACUACUUUGAUGGCUACUAUUCUGAGGAAAUGAUUGAAUCUCAGGUGGACCAGCUUGUUUUUGAGGAGCUAGUGCAUGAGAAAUUUCCAAAAUUGGUUCAUCAUUUGGAUUAUCUGGGCGUGCAGGUGGCAUGGGUCACUGGACCUUGGUUCCUUUCCAUUUUCAUGAAUAUGCUUCCAUGGGAAAGUGUUCUUCGUAUAUGGGAUGUGCUUCUCUUUGAUGGAAAUCGUGUAAUGUUAUUUCGAGCAGCACUUGCUUUGAUGGAAUUAUAUGGUCCUGCAGUCGUGACUACAAAAGAUGCUGGAGAUGCAGUUACAUUACUGCAGUCCCUUGCUGGCUCUACCUUUGACAGUAGCCAGCUUGUCUUGACAGCUUGCAUGGGUUAUCAAGCUGUAGAUGAAACAAUAUUGAAAGAGCUGAGGAAAAAACAUAGGCCUGCAGUUAUAGCUGCCAUGGAGGAAAGAUCCAGAGGACUUAAUUCAUGGAAGGACUCUAAGGGCCUAGCAUCUAAGUUAUAUAGUUUCAAACAUGACCCAGGAUCAACACUUACAGAAACCAACGCAGCAGAGGUGUUACGUGAUACGCAAACCAAUGGGGAUUUGCAUCCCUUGAAGUCUGGAUCGACAGAUAUAGAAGGAUAUUCAAAUAGUCUAACAGUUGAUUCAGAGCCAGAUUCCUUACCUGAUCUUAAAGAACAGGUGACAUGGUUGAAGGUCGAGCUGUGUAAAUUGCUGGAGGAGAAAAGAUCAGCUGUUCUCAGAGCUGAGGAGUUGGAGACAGCAUUCAUGGAGAUGGUCAAGCAGGAUAAUAGACGCCUUUUAAGUGCCAAGGUUGAGCAGUUGGAGAAAGAGGUAUCUGAACUUCGGCAGGCUCUUGCAGAUAAGCAAGAACAAGAGCGCGCCAUUCUUCAGGUCUUGAUGAGGAUGGAACAGGAACAGAAGGUGACAGAAGAAGCUCGCGUAUCUGCCGAGCAAGAUGCUGCUGCUCAGAAAUGCGCAGCUCAUGUGCUCCAGGAAAAAUAUGAAGAAGCUAUGUCUGCACUUGCACAAAUGGAGAAAAGGGCUGUGAUGGCAGAAACGAUGCUGGAGGCUACAUUACAGUACCAGUCUGGCCAGGUUAAAGCCCAACAACCUCAUUCUCCAAGAACUCCACGGGCCAUUCAAGAGUUGUCUCAGCAUGCACCCACUAGGAAAAUAGGCCUGCUCUCCAGACCUUUUGGCUGGCUUGACAAAAACAAGGGUAAGCCAAGCAAUACUGAAGAGUCCCUUGAAGGCAAAACUUCUAGCAUGGGACAGAGCCCCAGAACACCGAACAAAGAUCUGAAAGGACACCAGGAUUCGGAUAACUAGAAUGUCUGAUGGAAGGGACUAGCACAUCAGCAUGCCUCCAAAUUUCGGGUUGUGUUGUCAUGCCCUAUGAUUGUAUUUCUAUUAGAGAAGAUCGAUAAAAUUAUAAGAAUAGCAUUCGAUAUGAUCAGUUCCUUUCCCCAUUGUAUAAAAUAUCCAAUUGAGAGUGUCAGUAAAUUCGGCAAUUUUCCCUGUAAUUUUUUAGAUGCUGGCUUCAAGUUGGUCGGCCAUUGUUUCAGGAGUGUAAUUAGUUGGUACGGACACAAGAGACAGAGAGAAUAAAUUAUUGUUUAUUACAGGAGCAAGUGCAUUUUCUCACAA